AUGCCGCCCAGGAGGAGGGAUCGUGUGGAAGAUGUUUAUGACCGUGAUAAUCUGCGACAUCUGGAGCAGAGGCUGGAUCAACUGGAUCAGAGGAAUCGGGAGAGGGAUCAGAGGCUGGAUCGUAUGGUGGAGCAGCUAACACAACAGAUGGCUGCACUUAUGGAGAGUCAGAAUCGGAGAAACCCUAAUUCGAAUUUUGACCUUGAUCGAGAGGAAACUGAAGCGGAGUCGGAAAGGGAGAAUUUUUUCGCUGAUGUUCCACGAAGACAGCAAAGGGGCCCAAUCGAGGAAGACAGGCAGCGAUGGGAGACGGGCAUUCGGACCGAUAUUCCCGAAUUCCAAGGGGGUUUGCAGCCAGAAGAGUUUCUAGAUUGGCUGGCAAUGGUAGAAGAGGUUUUGGAGUUCAAGGGGGUACCUGAGAUCAAGCGGGUACAGCUUGUGGCGACUCGGUUACGUGGUAGGGCGUCAUUGUGGUGGCAACAGAACUUGAGGCAGGGCAGUAGAUCGGUGGAUGAUUACACCAAUGAGUUCUACCAGUUGGUUGCUCGUAAUGAGCUUCAGGAAACCGAGGAUCAGCUGGUGGCGAGAUAUAUUGGCGGGCUGAGAGUGCAGCUACAGAACACGAUUAAUUUGUUCGACCCUAUUAACGUGUCUUCCGCCCAUCAGAGGGCCCUGAUUAUCGAAAGACAGCAAAAGCGAGCGAGCAGCGGGGCGUUCGGUGGAGGUGUUGCCGUUGCAGGAACCGGUGGAGCUGUCCGAGCUGGCGGUAGUAGUGCUGUUCUUGGGCGUCCGAUGAGACCUGCCAACAUUGGGCCGAGCAAUAGCGGGCCGAGCAGUAGCGGAGCGAAGUGCUUCAAGUUUUAUGUAGCUGGAGGUGAUGGAGAGGUCGAGUUUAACGAGGAGGAAGAAAUUGUGACUGGAGAUGGAGUGCCCAAUCAGGUGGUAAGAAGGUCUUGUAUGACCCCGAGAGCUGUGGAUGAAGACUGGCUGCGUAACAACAUCUUCCAGUCCACCUGCACCAUCGGAAAUAAAGUCUGUCAUUUCAUGAUAGACUCGGGCAGCUGCGAGAACAUCGUAUCUGCUGAGGCCGUGCAAAAGUUGAGCCUGCGAAGUGAGCCACAUCUCAAACUGUAUAAGCUGGCAUGGCUGAAGAAAGAAGGUGAAGUGAGUGUGUUGAAGCACGCGUUGGUUACUUUCUUUACUGGCCCUCGGUAUAGGGACUCUGUGUGGUGUGAUGUUGUCAUGAUGGAUGCGUGUCACUUGUUGUUGGGAAGGCCCUGGCAGUUUGAUAGGAGCGUGAGCCAUGAUGGACGGACCAAUAAAUACAGCUUCACGCAUAAGGGAUUAAAGAUUGUCCGGUACCAAACAGAGGGAGGGACGCUAUUGAGCCCGAACCUGCGAAUCCGGGAGGUUGUGGAGGACGGUCUUACGUCUUGUGAGUCCUUACCAAUCUUGAAAGAAUUUCAGGAUGUCUUUCCUGAGGAGUUGCCAAAUGGUCUACCACCCUUGUGGGACAUCCAACACCAUAUCGACUUGCAACCUGUUGCGGCCCUUCCAAACAGACCACACUACAGGAUGAGCCCGGCUGAACAUGAAGAGUUAAGGAGACAGGUGGAGGAGCUGAUAUCGAAAGGGUUUAUUCGGGAGAGUAUGAGCCCGUGUGCUGUCCCGGCACUUCUAGUGCCUAAGAAGGAUGGAUCAUGGCGUAUGUGUGUAGACAGUCGAGCCAUCAAUAAGAUAACGGUCAGGUAUCGUUUUCCCAUUCCUCGCUUGGAUGAUUUGCUUGACCAGCUGAGUGGUGCCAGGAUUUUUAUGAAGCUGGACUUGAAGAGCAGAUAUCACUAG